GCUACUCGUUCAGCAGCCCGGAAGUAAUUGUGGGGCUUGUGAAUGGCCAAAUGUCUGUAUUCACAGUUUUGUCUCUUCGUUUCCAUAAAUAGCAUAUUUAGCUAAACAAAAGAGCAACUUUUUUAUCCGAAGAUAUCUGGAGAGGUGAGUGUAAAUUGACCAGGAACAAUGUCAAACUGCGUUGCUUUUCAUACGCAGAUAGCCUCCAUUAUGGAGGUUUUGGCGAAUGCGGCCGUGGCAGAGAUCUGCCAAGUUGUAGACGACGGAUACGCGGUUCUGCGCCUGGAAAUGUCUCAAUAUCAGAAGGAGAACAAGGCUUUGAAGCGGAGGCUGCAGAUGAUGGAGCGGCAGACCGCGCGUCGAUGCGCAGAGAGAGGAGGAAUGCGAGCAAGCAUUGCUGACGGACCGCAGGUUUGCCGUAAAGUAAGAGAGACCGCAAGGGCGGAGGGACAUUUCCCAGCCGUGGAGAGAGUCUUGGAGAACCGGAUAGACGUCGCUCUGAGAAGAGACGACCAGCCCAUUGUUCUAGAUGAAGAGGACGGUCCCGCGGAGCCAGUGCAAGGGGUCACCUUGCAUCCAAACGCCACCAGCGCAGCGUGUGCAGACCCAGAGGAAGGACAGGCUGAACCAAUUCUCAUAAAGGAGGAGAGACUCAACGAGAACGUGGGGAACCCCGACCACCAGGGGGAGCUACAGAACAAGGACGGGAGAGAGGUGGACAAGGGAAGUCCUCCCUCGGCAGAAACCCAGAUCGCGUCAGCAAAGCAAGAGCAGCCGGCCGUCCCCCUGCCCAGGCCCCGGCACAGCGGCUGGGCGGUGGGCGGACUCCAGGCAGGCCCGGAAGCGGAGAAAGAGGGCACUAGGACCCUUCAGCGCCCGGGACCCGGAGCGGGAGCGCGAAGGCUCGGCAGUCUGGACUCUGAGUUUGUCCUGUUCGAGAGACCAGGCCAACUGGGGUCCUACUGUACACAAGGGGGCGCCGUCGCAGAGACGGAGGAUCCGUGCUGCUCUUACUCCGCAGAAACGGCAGCAGUGCAGAGCCUGUCGUUUCACUCGGAGAUGAGGUCAUACUCGGCGACAGAGGAAGGUGCCGGGGGUGGCCUGUCCCCUCUGGCCUCUCUGGACUGGAAGCCUGAUGUCGGGGUCGACGCCACGCCAGUCAAGCUGGAGACGGAGAUGCCAUCAGCAUGGAGCGCGGGGGCCAUUUUAGGAAUGGGUGAUGUGCAACAAAGACCCUUCCAAGAAAUUGGGGAGAGGGGAGAAAUGGUGCCGGAGAGCGUGGCCAGCUUCGGCCAGAUGACCGCGGGGGAGAAGGCCACGCUCUCAGACAACGAGACGCAUCACCGACCCAGCGCAGGCGACAAACGCCUGUUCUACACGUAUUUCGAGAAAGGUUUUGGACGCUCGAAGGACGGCGACGCGCACCAGAGUGGGGACGCGGAGGAGAGGCAGUUCCGCUGCAUGCAGUGCGGAAAGCAUUUCGCACAUUCCGCUAAUCUCAAGAGACACCUGCGGGUGCACACGGGAGAGAAACCCUUCAGCUGUACGCAGUGCGAGAAGCGCUUCUCUCAUCAGCAUCAGCUGAAGAUGCACCAGCGGGUCCACACCGGGGAGAGGCCCUUCAACUGCACCCACUGCGGGAAGCGCUUCACCCAGUCCAGUCAUAUUAAGCGACAUCUGCUCGUUCACACAGGAGAGAUGAUGUAGCCACGCGGUUUGCAGCAGGCCAGUCUCUGCGGUCUGCAAUCACACAGGAUACCAGGAGUUUUCCCACAGGAGAAAGUACAACAAUAUAAUGAGUGUUUUUAUUCUUCAGGUGAUCCUCAUAAAUAUGACUGUGCUCAUUCAGGAGAAAGCCAAAGCCAUUCACUUGCACUACGAGGGAACUUUACUUUACAUGGGUGGAGUGUAUGCCCAGUUUUGAGUAUACUCUGAGAAGUGGGCAUACACAUAUGUCUAAUGUGGUUUUAUUCGCAGUAUCCAUGAACACACUUUAUAACUCAAACCACAGUGAGCAGAAGCCCAGGGGAGUGCUGGUGGGAUGCUUGUAUUGAGGGACAUUUUAUAUUUUCUGGCUGGAGCGCAAAGCAAAUGAUUUUAGUGUGGUUAUAUGUUUCUGUUUGAACAGGUGCCUGAUUAAAAAUGUAAGUGAAAAUGAUGCUGAACAUUGUAAUAAUUCAUGUAUUUACAUGUUGCUAACAGUAUAUUUAUUACUCAAAAUUCUGUGUAGAGAUUUUCCAUUUUAUAUUUUAUUUAAUGCAUAGAUUAAACGAAUGGGAGUCAUACAGAUAAAUAAAUGUCAUUUUAAAUGUAGAGUGCAAGAUCCAUAAUCUAACUGAGUGUGGAAUUUAUAUAACGAACAAGCUGUAAAUGACUGUUUUUCUGUGAAGAAAAUGUUUUGGGGUUUUUUCAGUUCUGAAUACUAUAUUAACUGAGGUUCUGUGUGAUUAUGUUUCAUAAGAAAUCUUAAAUGGUUUGCGUAUGUAUUUUGAAUUGAAAAUAAUUUGUAUUAUGAAAGAUGUGAUGAAUCGAUAGGCAUAUGUCCAAGACCAAAUUGUAUUUUUAAGUAACCUUUUUAAAUUAACCAGGGAGCAAUAAGAACUGCUUCAAGGUAAAAAAAUAAAAAUAAAAACAUAUUUGGGACAGUUGCAGUCAAGAAAACA